UUUCUGCCACUCAAAGUGAAACUGUUUAAUUGCUCGCCAAAUUAAGUUAAAUCGGACUCGAAUCCAAAAGCGGGAAUAGUUAGUUUGCUUGUGCUUGUUUUUGACUGCACCCACUUGACGUUGCCUAACACUGCCCGCCCGCUCUUAGCGCGGCUCUCUUUUCGUUUCAUUCUUCGUCCAUUUGUCAACGUGCGCUGUUCGUCGGGUGUCCGCAGACUUUUGAUUAAUCUCUGCGGCAUAUGUGUGUUUGUACGAAAUAGCAGCCGAAAACCGAAGUGCGAGAGCGAGAGUACAAAUAUAAAACGCGUGCGUUCCCCCUCUAACGUAUAGUGAGUGUGACCGUUGUAUUUGUGACCUGUGCGUUUCAGCCACUGGAGGAUCGACGAAUUACGAAAAAAAAAAAAACGAAGAAUACCGGCAAAUCAUAAAAGUAUUAUAAUCACGCAACAAAUUCAAUUUUAAGCAUUUUAACUGAAAUACAAAAGAAAUAAAUCAUGACUGAAGUCGAGCAACCGCCACAGAACGGCAUAGAUCCCACUGCCGGCGAGGAGGAUGAUAGCAACAAAGCGCGUCCUGCGGAUAUUGAACAGGAUAUGCGCGAAAUGGAGCGUCGCAAGCGAGUGGAGGCCAUCAUGGGCUCGAAACUCUUCCGCGAGGAGCUGGAGCGGAUCGUGGACUCGGCCCGUGAGGGUGGUGCCGGCGCCAGCGGUAUUCUGCAGCAGCUUUCGGACAUUGUGGGUGUGCCAGUGACGCGGGUGGGCAAUGUGUUCAAGAGCAACAACUGCAUGGUGCCCAUCAAUGACAUACGCGGUGUUGAGUCCAUGGGCUAUGCCAAGGGCGAGAAGAUACUCCGGUGCAAGCUGGCCGCCACAUUCCGUCUGCUCGAUCUGAAUGGCUGGACCCAGGGUCUGGGCGCACAGAUCACUGCACGUCUCAAGGUCGAUCAAGAGUACUUCCUGGUCAAUCCAUACGGACUCCUUUACCACGAGAUCACUGCCUCAGCGCUAAACAAGGUGGAUAUGCAGGGCCAGAUUGUGGAGCAGGGCACCACCAACUUUGGCGUGAACAAGAGUCACUUUGUCCUCCAUUCGGUGAUUCAUGCUGCUCGACCCGAUAUCCGAUGCGCCAUCUACAUUGGCUGCAGUCCGGUGGUGGCUAUUUCCUCCUUGAAGGCCGGUCUGCUGCCGCUGACCAAGGAUGCCUGCGUGCUCGGCGAGAUCACCACACACGCGUACACUGGCUUGUUUGAUGAGGAAGAGCGCAACCGGCUUGUUCGCAACCUCGGUCCUAACUCUAAGGUGAUGUUGCUAGCCAACCACGGUGCCCUGUGCUGUGGCGAGACCAUUGAGGAGGCCUACUUUGCCGCCUGCCACAUUGUUCAGGCGUGCGAGACCCAACUGAAACUGUUGCCCGUCGGUGUGGAUAACUUGGUGCUGAUUCCAGAGGAAUCGCGCAAGGCCAUCUAUGAGCAGUCGCGCCGCCCUCCAGAGGAUCUGGAGAAGAAGUUUGCCGCUGUUACGGCCGGCGAUGAUGGUGCUGCUGCUGAGAAGGAUGAAGCCGCUGCCACGCCCAAGAUUGGAAGUCCGCCCAAAUGGCGAGUGGGCGGUGCUGAGUUCGAGGCUUUGAUGCGUACACUGGAUAAUGCUGGCUACCGCACUGGUUACAUCUACCGCCAUCCUCUGAUCAAAUCGGAUCCCCCCAAGCCCAAGAACGAUGUGGAAUUACCGCCAGCUGUUUCAUCUCUGGGCUAUCUGCUCGAGGAGGAGGAGCUCUUCCGUCAGGGAAUCUGGAAGAAGGGUGAUUUACGCAAGGGAGGCGAUCGCAGCAGGUGGCUCAACUCGCCCAACGUGUACCAAAAGGUCGAGGUCCUGGAAACCGGCACUCCCGAUCCCAAGAAGAUAACUAAGUGGGUGGCUGAGGGUUCUCCUACCCACUCAACGCCAGUGAGGAUAGAAGAUCCACUUCAGUUUGUGCCUGCCGGAACAAAUCCCAGAGAGUUUAAGCGGGUCCAGCAACAAAUCAAGGACAAUCGACGUGCUGAUAAGAUUUCCGCCGGACCACAGUCCCAUAUUCUGGAGGGCGUCACAUGGGAUGAGGCUAGCCGACUCAAGGAUGCCACUGUCUCGCAGACCGGCGACCAUGUUGUGAUGAUGGGUGCCGCAUCCAAGGGAAUUAUCCAGCGUGGAUUCCAGCACAAUGCCACGGUGUACAAGGCUCCCUAUGCCAAGAAUCCAUUCGAUAAUGUCACGGAUGAUGAACUUAAUGAAUACAAACGCACGGUGGAGCGGAAAAAGAAGUCCGUGCAUGGCGAAUACACUGACACAGAUUUCUCUGAAUCGGAGGCUGUCCUGCAGGCGGGGACAAAGAAAUACCCUCAGAGCGAGCCAGAGACCGAGCACCAAGUCAUUGAGAUUCAAACACAGCAGGCGCCGGUGCCACGACAGGCGGAAGUUGUGCUCAGCGAUGGAAAUAAUAAGAAUAACGAUUCUCAGAUAAAAGAAGAAGAAGAAGAUGAUAAGGAAAAUCAGCAGGAGCAGCGUGGGCGGGACAGGAAUUUGUCCGUGAACAGUAGAUGCCGCAGGGGCCUUUUCCCAUCCCUGGGCGAGGCCACAAAUUUGGUAGAACAUCCGCAAGUGGAGCAACAGCAACUAUACUCCUAUGUCUAUGCCACCACAGCUUGCACCUUGGGUGGCACCUGCCUGCAGCCACAAGUGUGUUCUGCUUUGCUCCGUUCACUCCAUAGCGAGCAGUUGGGAUAUUUGGCCAGUUGUUAUCGGGGCGGAGGAUCAGGGGCUUCGAAUGGUUCAGCUUCUAGUACGGGUACUAUAACAACUGCUGCGGGUGGUUCUUCUGUCACCUCUCGGCGUCCGUUGCAGCAGCUAAAUUCACCGCAUCCGGCACCGUAUCGUACGGGUUCCCAUUUCGGAUUCAAUUCACCGCGUCAACCGAUACGCCUGGAUCACAAACAUCUGCCGGGGGAUCGAGACAAAUCGGGAUAUCGGGCCAUGCAGCGUGUAAUUAGCUACGAGGAGAUCUUUUCCACACCGCGAUAUGAGCAGUUGUGUCAGACUUGCUUCGAUAAGCUACUACGUCUCAAGCCGGAACUGCAAAAAAUUGGAACUGGCACAGGCGCUAGCAGUUGCGACGAUGAAGCGGCCAGCAGUGCCGGAAGCAGUGGUAUAAACACGCCCCAUCGGCGUAACCAGUUGCUGCCCACUCUGACUGAGCUGAACGACGACGAUCAUGGUGAGAUGUUGAUGCUGCCAGAGGGUCCAAGGAUGCAACGCAAUGCCUGUACUCAGACGCCGGGAUGCCCCGCUUCAUCCUCUUCCACCACAAACUUUCUCAAUCAAAUCGAGAGAUUUAAUUUCUCGGAAGAGUCUGCGAAUGUUAAUUAUACCCCAAGUGGUCCUAUCAGCAACGAAAGCCUGGCAUUGGGAUUAGGAUUGGAGGUUGAACCGAAGGUUUCCAGUGGAGCGAGCGCGACCAGUGCUGCUCCCCCAAGGAUAUAUCGUUCAGAUGAAAUGGCAGAUGUCACUGAAGUAUGGAGUUUCGGUCGUUGGCUGCAACCGCAGGAACAGAGCCUCGCUGCAGAUGGGUUUGGAGAGCAGCAAACGUUGACGGAGACUCGGGUUGUGUUGGAGGUAACGCAGCAUUUUGCCAUCGAUGACCAAGAAUAUGGAUCAACAGCGUCUGUAGAACGCCAGUUGAUGUCGCGCGAAGAGCGACAGCGUCGAAAGUCUGAAUUUCAGGAACUUUGGCAAGACCAUGUCGAAUAUUUUGGGGCCAAGGAGCAGCUGCAGCUAGAGGAGCUGCCAAUGUCUACAGAACAGGACGAACCUGAGGCUAGUUCCCUUCCGACUCAAGAUCAAGAAGCGGUGCCUGAGCCAGAAGUUGAGGAACAACAGAUAAGUGAGCCUCUUGACCAUACAUGUUAUAUGGCACCACUUGCUACUCCCGAAUUAGAUGACACUCUGACUGAGGCCACUGAUGAGCUGCCCAAAAUCCUUCAGCAGUUCGAGGAGAAUCUUACUUUAGCCGGCGAGAAUCUGGAGAAGCUGGUGGCCACCACUAAGAGACUGCAGGCAAACGAUACAACUGGAUCAUCGGUUGUGACCUCGAGCAGCUCUCUUGUGGAGAGUGGCCCUCUAUUUCGAUCGAUCAGUUUGGAAAACAUACCCAAUGCUGACGAAAAUGUGUCCGUCGUGGAACCGGACUCUGUUAGCAGCAGUGGAAACAGCGAAGAGGAAGAGGUCAAUAUAGCUCAAGACAACUUGGAGCAGGAGGAGAAACGUGAUGACGAGAAACCUGUGAGUCCCGUUUUGCCAGAGCCAGAAGAGCCGUCCGAAAAGGAGAUGGAAGUCGACGACGAGAAGGACGUGGAUGAAAUUGAAAACCAGGAAGAGGCAGAGCUCCUGGCCAUAGCUGGUGGCUUGCCAGAAAGCCCAAUUACCUUGGACACUGAAAAUACUUUUUUCACUCCUCUGGAACGUGAAAUACUUGAACGCAUCGAGGCUGACAAACUAGACCAGAGCGAGGAGAUCUUCGGAAAGAUUGAUCACUCCAUCCGCAACAAGAUGACGCCAAAGAAGUUGCAAGAUCUGGUCACCGAGGAAAUCUUUCGCACUCGUACUUAUAUUUACUCCAGUCCGGCCACUCCGGUGCCAGGACUCUCGCCCACUGAUCUCACCUCCACACCAAGUGGCUCUUCCUUGUCGGCUCAUAAUAUCAGUGCUCCGUGCAGUUCGAUGGCUCAUGUGCAUCUGACAACACGCUCCACAUCUCGAAUGUCGCAGUCGUGGUCGGAGGAGCGAGAAAAGGGCGAUGAUCAGGAGGAGGAUGAUAAGAAGAGGGAACCCCUUGAGCGUAUCAUCUCCUCCACGACCUUCAUUUGCCGGCCAAACUCUCGUCGUAAACGCAACUUUAUUGAGGAGAACAUACGCAAUGCCAGCAGACCGCGUCCCGCGGCCGGUUCAAUUAGGAAGCCAAAGAGCAAUGUAACCACCACCUCCAGGACCAUUUCAAGUGGCUCGUCUUCGGUGUGCGCCUUUCAGUGCGGCCAGCGUGAUAGUGGCGCCCGUCUCUGGGUUUCGUUGCCAACGCCACCGAAGGCGGCAACAGGACAUAGGCGUGGCAACACGGCAACCACAGCUUUGUACACUUUCCGUGGUAGUCCCUCCUCUCCGUUUGCCAAGCGUCGAAAGACACCAGCAGUCCUUACUCCCAUGCGCCAACCAAUCUUCGCAAAGGAGGAGAGCAGCGAUCUUGCGACUUCUUCAACCUCUCUGCAGCAAACACUUUCCAGCGGCACAUUCUUUGUGCGCCGUGAAGAACCAGAGGGAGAUUUUGAUAACGACUCAGCUAGCCCGGUCCAGAUGGAGGCCAGCCUAGAGGAAGUCGAGGAACAGGAGGCCGUGGACGAAUCCCGGGCAGCUCCCGACAAAUCGAAUGCCACCAACAGUACCAUGUAUUACAGUGCCAACGACAACACGGGCGAUGAGGGUGAAACUUUACAGACGAGCGGUGAGGAGCCAACAGGAGAUGAAAUGCCACUGCUACCCACUACCAGUCAGGAGUUCACUGAAGAAUCUAACAUAGAGACGAGCUCGGAGAAUUAUAUGGGGAAACCACUAACAAUGGCCCGGAAAAUUGAAGAAUCAAGCUCACAGGAAAACGAUAUGGAUCCAUCAAUAUCCGAAAAUCAGCAGAUUAGCAGCGUAUCUCAGUUGUCGAUGGAUACAAGCGAACCGGAAGCAUAUGAAUUCGAAUCCAACACAGGGAAAGAGAACAGCUCUGGCCAACUCGAAGAGGAGUCGUCUUGGGAGGGGCGCCUAGAAGCUGGUUCAGACCGCCAGCCAAAACCUGAGACUAAAAAAAGCGAGAUUGAACUUCCGAAAAGCGAAAGUAUCGAAGAGUCAUCUGGCUUUGAAUUGGUGGCAACGCGAGAACUUAAUACAAUGUUAAAGCCAGUACACGAAAAUGAAAGUAACAGUGAUUUCGAAGACGAGCAAGUUGUUGAAGUGGUCAAGACAUUGUCGGAGGAGGAUGAUAACAAGCCCAGCACCUCGAAGGCGGCAGCGGAGAAGAAACGCAAAUAGGCGGAGAUCAGAAUUAUUUGAGGUCAAGAGAUGAUGACGAUGUGGCAAAGUCGAUUAAACAGGAGAAUUUGAUGGGACCAGAAGAUGACGGGGGAGGAACUUCACGUAGGAGGAGUUCCAGGAUAAAGCUAGGGGAGAUACUCGAUUGUGGGAUGAAUCAGAAAAUGAAGAAAACCUAGAUAAUUUGCAAGGGAUUGUUGUGAAUAGUUA